AAUGGACUAUUACUCAUCUUUAGACCCGCGAUCAUUGAAUUCAACGCCGACUCUGUUUGAGAUUGUCUCCUCUGAUGAGCUGUCCGGGUUGUUAUCGCCUUCUCUGAGGUACAUCAUUGUCCACUAUGCACAGAAGUACCCACGCCAGUUGUUGCCAUUAGCAUUGAGAUUCGACGAGAUCAAUCUGACCCUGAGAGGGCUAUUGGAGUGGUAUUUUCUGCGGAAGUGGAACGCUACGUUCACAGAUAAGUUUUAUGGGCUGAAGAGGGCAAGCAAGGUCAAUGUUGAGGUUGUGAACCAGGAUCAAAUAUUCAACUUGAUUGAGACUCAAAGGAGAUUGAGUUCGGUUCAAAUCGCUGGAACUUUGGUCAACACGGUGGGGGUUUCCUAUGUGAGAGAGAAGUUGGAUGUUCUCUAUGAACGGCUCAUGGUGAAGGUUACACUGAGACAACUGAAAAUCACAGAUUGGAGGAGUUGGCUAAAAGUUUGGUUCGUCAAACUGUACCCAAAGUUGAAGAAGCUGCUGAGACUUUUGAACCUUUUAUGUCAAAUCGUAUAUCUUUCUGGAGGCUCGAAGAGUCCAAGCAUCAUUGACUGGCUGUUGAGCAUUGAAUACUCAAGAAUAACCCAGUUUGAUCAUGAAUUGCACGAGAGGAAGAAAGUUGCAUCACCAGAAAUCGGAAUUGACCGGAGUAGUGCAACGAGACCACCAAGCUUUGGACAGGAGUUUCUGUCAGUUGCAACCAGGUACUACGAACCUAUGCAGGCAUUUGCAGGACAAAUCUCUACAACAGCAUUCCCAUUGGCAAUCUUCGUUCUGAAAUUCCUCGAGUGGUGGAACUCAAGCGAAUUUGCUUCAAAAUUGAGUAACCAGAGGUUUGACAAAGACAUUCCGCCACCACCAGGCCAGUACCCUCUACAAAACUCACCAAAGUGCCCACUCUGUGCCGAGGAUAUCACCAACCAUGCGAUCAUUGAGACAGGCUACGUGUUUUGCUAUCCCUGUAUAACUCGCCAUCUCACAGAGGGAGAUGCCAAACACGGUGGUAGAUGUCCUAUCACAGGCCAAAAACUACUAGGAUGCCGUUAUGACUACGCUUCAAAGGAGUGGAAAGUUGACGGCAUAAGAAGGCUGAUCAUUUGACACGCCAACACAUCGUAAAUACAUAACCACAGUAUAACAGACAUAUCAAUCAUCCCACCAAAGGGUAGUACACCAUCUC